AUGAAGAUGCUGAGGCAGAUCCAAAGAGCGCCCGAAAAGAUGGUGCCUCUUUUCAAAAAGAAUCCAGAGGCCUUUAUUAUGGAGGUGAUCAGGACUCAGGGAGGUGGUGGUGCAGGAGUUGGCCCUUGGGUCGUUCAAAAGACAAGGAAUCAUACUUUGGGCACUGGAAAGGUCCUCACAGAGUAUGCUGGAAACUAUGCCAACACCAUUGCCUUGCACGCAAAUUUCGAUCCUUCAGUAUUUGGAGGGCCUGACAGAGACCAAGAGUACGCUAUGAAGUUUAGUCCUGGACGUGAGAACGCCGACCGAAUGUUGAACUUCGUUGCUGAGCUGCGGGAGAUUCGAAAAUGUCCAAAUGUGACGGGCUGUGAGGCAGCACCUCGCUUCUGCCUGGGGACCUUCAUUCUGAACCUUCGUCGCAAUGAGAAAUUGCAAUCAGCUUUAAGACUUGAAGACAAAGGCCAAGCUUCGACAGCCAUGAUGUUGUUUAUUACAAGGCAUCAAUCCAAGUAA